CAUACCAGUCAUCGAACACAUCGGAUCCGAUGCAUGUCAAACAAUGAUUUGUUCGGAUAUUUGUGAGAUUCAAAAGGAGACUGUACUUUGCUCAACCACAACCAUGCCUACAACGACACCCACGACUUCUAUACCUACCUGCCCUGAAUGGGAUGUAGCACAAAAUGAGACGUUCUUAUUAUGUAACUGCACUAUGGCUAAAUGCAUUGAGAACAACACCAUUGAAAUCGUUCCAUAUGAAUGUCCACCCGUUGAGAUGAUCACUUGUGCCAACGGAAAAAACCCUGUUCUUGUGGAUGAUGAAUACAAAUGCUGCAAGCUUUACGUUUGUGACUGUGUAUGUGAAGGCUGGGGAGAUCCUCAUUACAUCACAUUUGAUGGAUUAUUCUACAGUUAUCAAGGAAACUGUACUUACGUUUUGAUGGAAGAGAUUUCCCCAAAACAUAAGUUGAACAUUUAUAUUGACAAUGUCUAUUGUGAUCCCACUGAAGAUGUUUCUUGUCCGCGAUCAAUAAUUAUAUCAUUCCAAUCCGAAGUUUUCACACUCAUUAAUCAUAACCUUCUUGGAGCAGCGCAGCUGGAGGCGCAUAAAAAUGGGAUACUUCUGAAACUACCUUAUGCCCAACAAGGUGUUAAGAUCCUGGAUACUGGCAUCAACUUGGUUCUGGAAAUCCCUCGACUUAAAGUGGUCAUUACAUUUGGAAUAACUGGCUUUAGUGUCACCCUUCCAUAUAUUAACUUUGGCAGCAACACACAGGGGCAUUGUGGCACAUGCAAUAACAACCAGGCUGAUGACUGCAAGUUGCCUGGAGGUCAGCUGGUCGAAGAUUGUGCAAUGAUGGCCGACUUUUGGCCUGCAAAACACAUUGAACAACCUGACUGCCAAAUACCAUCUGUACCACCCACCAAUAAACCUAGACCUCCACCAAUUGUAACUCCCUGCAAGCCAGACUCCAUAUGUCACCUUCUUAAGAGCAGAGUCUUUGAAGCGUGCCAUCCAGUUGUCUCUCCUGACAAUUUCUACCAAGGUUGUGUUUUUGACAGCUGUCAUGUUUCCAACCCAGCAGUGGAGUGCACAAGUCUGCAGACUUAUGCUGCUGCCUGUGCGCAGGCUGGGGUUUGCCUGUACUGGAGAAACCACACCACUUUGUGUGAAAGUGACUGCCCUUCAAGCAAAGUUUACAAGCCAUGUGGUCCUGCAGAACAGCCAACCUGUGAAGACAAUUCUAAUGAACCAAGAAUGAACUACACUACUGAGGGCUGCUUUUGUCCUGAUGGAAUGAAACUAUUUAACAAGGAGUCUGGCAUAUGUGUUGAUAAGUGCGGAUGUCUUGAUCCUGAGGGAAAUCCUCGUGAGUUCAAUGAGCAGUUUGAGUACAAAUGCCAAAGCUGCAUCUGUGGCGAGUCCACCAAGACUGUCUCUUGCAAGCCUAAAGAGUGCCCAACUGCACCGGUUACAAGCUGCAUGGGUCCCGGGUUUGUCCUUGUCAACACAACUAAUCCAUCAGACCCCUGCUGUUCUGCCUUUGUUUGUGAAUGUCACAGCAACACUUGCCCACCUACAAACAUGAACUGUCCUGUAGGAUAUAUUCCAGAAGUCAGUGUUCCUGAGGGAAAAUGCUGUACAGAACGUAUAUGUGAACCAAAAAGAGUAUGUGUCCACAAAAACACUGAAUACCAGCCUGGCUCUUUAGUUCCUGUAGAACCAUGCCAGGAUUGUCUCUGUACCAAUGUGGUGGAACAAGAGUCUAAACUACUCAAGAUAACAUGUGAAUUGCAGAAAUGUAAAACAGACUGUGGCAUGGGAUAUGAAUAUCUGGAACCUGAUUCAGAUCAGUGCUGUGGAAAAUGUGUGCAGACCCACUGUGUUGUCAGUCUAAACGAAACUAAACAGCUCUUGAAGCCAGGAGAUACCUGGUCACCACCUGAGAAUAAGUGUCAGCAUUACACCUGUGUUGAGGUUGGUGAUACUUUAACGACGUUCAAUUCCCAUAUUGUGUGCCCACCAUUUCAACAGAGCAACUGCCUACCUGGCACAGUUCAGACUUCAGCAGAUGGCUGUUGUAAAAUUUGUGAGUGUGACAUUUUCUUUAGUCUUGGACAGAAAGGGGAGGGACACUGA